AUGGAGAUGGUACUUCACUCGAACAUACCCAUCUCUACCACGAGCGUUGUGGCUAUUGUGGUUUACAUAGCAGUUGCUGUAUGUGGAAUUUGGCGUUUUAUCGAGAUUAUACAAGAUUAUUUGCGUGGUUGUGAAUGUCGAAUCUGCAGAUGGGAAUUUAAAUUCGUGCGGUCACUGCAGGGUGGAGCCUAUGGCGGGAUACAUCUCGCAAGGUAUGUUGGUAAGCGCCAGGAUCUCAAUUUAGAAGUUAUACUAAAAGUGAUUCCCGUCGACGAUUUAUCUCACAUAUCGAUAACACAACAGGAAUGUCGCAAACUUCUCAGCCUUAACCACAAAUAUGUUAUGAAGUAUUAUGACGACUUCCUACACCGGCAAUGGGGACGGAAUAUAUUCGCGAGCCCGAAGAUAUAUUGUGUUAUAGUAACAGAGUAUUGUGAACGGGGGACCCUUACCGAUCUCAUUGAGCAGGAGUACGACACUUUUACGGAAGACUAUAUCCUUGACCUGUUCAAGAAAAUCACUAUGGCACUACGCUACGUCCACGAAAAGUCGGUAAUACACAGGGAUAUCAAAAGUCCAAACAUAAUGAUGAAAUCAAAUGGUGUGGUACGAUUGGGUGAUUUCGGACUAUCUGAUACCUACGUCACAAAGGUAUCGAAGAAAAGGAAGGAUUCCGUCAACUUGCUGGAAAUAGCAGCAUUGAUGGAGAAGUCACGAAAUAAAUCCAAGAAUCUAUACAGCAAUGAAUCUGGAGAAACAAUUCAAACGUACGACAUUCGGGAAACUCCGAAUAACAUAACGAAGUGUAAAAAGGUGAACAACGAAAAUGCGUUGAUUAAUAAGAAUGAAGACAUAAUCGCUGAACAAAAUGUAGUACUUCAGUCCAAGGCAAGACCAAAAAGGUACAACAAAACAGCUAAAAAGCUGACGGAUAAAACAUGGUCAUCGGGUACAUCAUCGACGGCAGAAGGAUGGGAUUCGCUUCAAACAGACACUGUAACGUAUAACAGUAGAGCUACAAGGCUCGAUUAUUUUGGUGAUGACGAUCGCCCCCAAGUUGGUACAAGGUGUUACGCUGCGCCGGAAGUUAUUUGCCGCUGCGAAUAUGGCAGAGCAAGUGACAUUUGGGCGUUGGGAUGCGUACUAAUGGAACUCUGUAGCGGUGUAUUCAUGUGGGAGUUGAGCUACAAUCUCGGCGAAUUCCCACAAAACGUAUCUAAACUGGUCGCACAACUGCCACCAAUGAUUUCACGUGGUACGAAAAAUCUAGUUACAAGGAUGCUAUCUACAGACCCCAAUCGUAGACCGUCAGCAGCUGAAAUUCUGAACUUACGUUUAAUGAAGAGAAAGCCGAAAAAUUGGGGUAGAAAAAAGGGCGGGAACAGUGCGUAA